AUAUGUCACACAUCCCGAGAUGUCUAUGCUUUAAUCAGCUGUCAUGUUUGUUACUGGAAAUAGAAAAUAGAUUUUUUACUUCUACCUUAAUUAUUCCCUAUUAUUAUCAUCAUGCGUCUAGACAUACCAGUCAUAGCCGAGAAUUAUCAAAGUUGGAACAUUAAUUCCUAAGAUAAUCUGAAAAAAACAUACCAAAAUGGUGGAACCAAUUUUCGAUUUUCAAUUUAGACUGAUAUUGAUAGGAGACAGCACUGUAGGAAAAAGUUGUUUGCUCAAAUGUUUCACGGAUGGCAAAUUCGCAGAGCUAUCUGAUCCAACUGUCGGUGUUGACUUUUUUGCUAGAUUGAUUGAAGUAGAAGAUGGUACGCGUAUAAAGCUCCAACUGUGGGACACCGCAGGACAAGAAAGGUUUCGCUCAAUCACAAAAUCUUAUUAUAGAAACUCCGUAGGAGCUCUCUUAGUAUAUGACAUUUGUAAUAAGGCGAGCUUUGAGCAUAUUCCAGUUUGGAUGUCGGAAGCUAGAAGGCAAAUUGAACCUCACAGACCUGUGUUUGCUUUAGUAGGAUGUAAAGUUGAUCUUGUUGAGGAAGGAGGAAGAAGAGAAGUUUCUAAAGAAGAAGCCAAAACAUUUGCAGAUCAACAUGGUAUGUUCCAUGUCGAAACAUCCUCCAAAUACGGAUGGAAUGUCGAGGAUGCCUUUAAGAAAGUUACUCAAGAAAUAUAUAAUAGAGUGCAGAGUGGUGAAUAUAAGAUAGAGGAUGGGUGGGAUGGUAUUAAGACGGGAUUUGUGAGACCUAAAGGUUUGGACUUUAAUUUAGUUGAAGCAGAGCCAGCUAAAUCUUCUUGUUGUUAAUUUUCUGCAGGCUUUGUAUAUUGUGCCAGAAAGGUAGUAACAAUAAUCCUGAUGCUUGCAAUAGAACUAGUCACGUUA